GCGUGGGGGCCCGGCGCGGCGGGGCGCGCCCGCGGGGCCAUGAGGGCCGGCUCCCGCCAUGGCCCAUGGCAGCGCCGCGGUCAUGCUCAAGUGCGUGGUGGUGGGCGACGGCGCCGUGGGCAAGACGUGCCUGCUCAUGAGCUACGCCAACGACGCCUUCCCCGAGGAGUACGUGCCCACCGUCUUCGACCACUACGCAGUCAGCGUCACGGUCGGGGGGAAGCAGUAUCUGCUGGGGCUGUACGACACCGCCGGACAGGAAGACUAUGAUCGUCUGAGACCUUUAUCUUAUCCUAUGACCGAUGUCUUCCUUAUCUGCUUCUCAGUGGUAAACCCUGCUUCAUUUCAAAAUGUGAAGGAAGAGUGGGUACCGGAGUUAAAGGAAUAUGCACCUAAUGUACCUUUUUUAUUAGUAGGAACACAGAUUGAUCUUCGUGAUGACCCAAAAACUCUUGCAAGACUGAAUGAUAUGAAGGAGAAGCCUAUAUCUGUGGAUCAAGGACAGAAAUUAGCAAAAGAGAUAGGAGCCUACUGUUAUGUGGAGUGUUCAGCUUUAACACAGAAAGGACUGAAGACUGUUUUUGAUGAAGCUAUUAUAGCCAUUCUAACUCCAAAGAAACACACGGUGAAGAAGAGAAUAGGCUCAAGAUGCAUAAACUGCUGUUUGAUCACGUGAGAUACAUUUGACAAUGGCCAGGCUUACUGUGAAAUUCUAUCGACUUUAAAUACAAUGCAUUAAGUACACAGCAAACUUGUUACAGGUUUGAAAACUAAAACUAUGAUUCUGCCUUCUACAACCAGUGAAAUCCAGAGGAAUAAAAUCAAACUCAAUGAACUUGUAAUAAGAAACCACCACAUCUGUUGCAAAUAUUUUAUUCAGACUGGAAGGUAUAAUCUCUCAGGGUUACAAAGUCUAGAGAAAGCAACAACUGCACCAUGUCGAAUCAGCAUCCAUGUGAUGCUGUUGAGUGGAGAUGCUUGGCCGAAAUAUUCAAAAUGAAUUUGGAUAGCCUUUUGCUUUGACUAUACGUUCAUAUAUACAUAUAUAUAAAUAUAUCUCUAUAAAACUUUUGCACAGUCUGUAUCGAAUCUGCACAAAGAAAUACCUUGUCUCUCUUUGCUCCAGUUAUCUGCUUUUAUAUGUAAGCUGCUUCCGGUUCCAGUGUAUCCACAAAGGUGCAAUAAUCAGACCAGCCGUAUAGCCAAAGGUAGCUCCGAGGGAACAGGAAAUGGGCCAUACCUGAGGAUAGCAUACCAGGUAAAAGCAGACAAUAAGAAAAACAUUUGUGUUUUUUUGUACUUCGUGAGCACAAGUUCUCAGUGUAAUCUACAUACUGGAAGACAAUACGGUCUUACUGUACUUCAAAGCUUGAUAUGCUUUCCUAAAAAUGCCAAAAGUAUAAAAAUCACAUAUACAUUAUCAUGAACACUAAACGCUGUUGAAUAGUUUUUAAAUAACGUGCAUUAAAAUGUAACUAGGCUUCUGGUUAUUGCAGGCUUUAGUUUGAUACUCCCAAAACUACUUGAACAACUUAAGUUUAUAUUCCCUGAAGAGUUCAGCUAGAUUUACUGAAAAAUCUAACUUCCUGUUCUGCUGCAUGCAUUUGGAAACUAAAGAUCUCUUUGUAAAUUCUUCUUCCAACCUUCCAUGGCAUUCUGAAACUGUUAGAGGUGUGUAUAAAUGAACUAAAUUUCAAAUAAGGCCAUGUACUGAGAUGGAAAUAGAAGUUUUUUCAUUUUGGUUUUGAAAAGUAGGCAAAGGGAUGAAUUCCCCUCUGUCUAGCAGUAAAAAGGGAAUUUAAAACUUAAACGAACUAUCCUGCACCCAGUUCAGCAAACACACAGUAAGCCAAUUAUGUUGAAGACUCCAAGAAGGAUUAAUUUCCUAGUAUAAGGUCAUACUGACUUAAUACAGAUGACUCACUUUCACAAAGCCUCUAGCACUGAGGCAAAGAAAUAAUGGGAUUUCCACCAUCCUACUUUUUAAAUUGGUACUGAUUUUCAGGGAGGAGGGAUCAAAAAGAACUUUUACCAGUCUGUCCUGAGAUGUGGCAGACAUUACUAGUCAACUAGAUAUUGUAUUUGAUGAAGUCUCAGCUCAGUUGGUGAUUAAAACUGUUUACUGCAGAAUAAACUGCAUUCCCAUCACCCCUCCUUUGCAUAUUUUUUUUUCAAGGACAAUUUUACAGCUUCUGCUGUUCAGCACAUUUUCCUGAAGCAAAUAUGGACUGUAUUCUCCUCACCUUUGUUCCCUCCCACCCUUUUUUCCCCUCUUUUUUUAGUAAGCAGAAUGUUUCCACCUUACAGUCCCUAAUGGGACUGAGAAAUGCACUAGACAUUAAAAAAAAUAUUCCCAUCUCAGUUUCCAGCUUCCUUCUCUAUUUUCUUUUGACUUGCAGUGCAUGAGUAUCAAAUCAUGUUAUUCUAAAUGUUACUCUUCCUCCUUUCACUCAUUUUUCUAGCUCUGAUUCUCUCUCCAUUAUGGCUUGGAGAAGUACAUUUUUUCAUGUCCUUUGAUCAUGGGAAUUUUAACUAGGAGUAACUUUUUUUGUUGUCCUCCGUUGUUUCAUCUUCACAUUCCUUAACAGUUGCAGUUUUAUAUGUUUUUUUGGAGGUCUUAAGGAGUGUAGCAAAGAUGACUAUAAACAAGGUGCCUUAGGUACUCUUUAUUGACCUUGUUUCAUUUUUCUAUUUCUGGCCAUUGCACUUCUGCUAUUUGUUUUUGUUGCAGAAUAUUUUGGCUGUUGCCUUUCAAACCAAAGAUUUGUUUGUUUCAUUCAUUUAACAGUGUCAUUGUGGAUCUUCUAUAAAAAGCCUUGAGAUAUUUAAGCAUGAUAAGAUACUGUGCAUAUUUAAAACUCACUUGAGUUUGUGGCCUUGGCUAAACUUAAGCUUCAGGCAGAUCUUUUGAACUUUUAAAUGAUAUGUAAUCAAUUUAUUUCUAGUCUUUUGCAGGCCAUUACAUAUGUCUAAAGGACAAAACAACAAAAAAGCCCCUGCAGAGAUAGGAUGUUUACCUUAGCUAUGAAAGCUGCUCACUCAGUAACAUUUAGUUGAAACAUAAGUCAUAUUUUCCUAUUCAAUGGCGAAGUUAAAUACCUCUUUAAUAACCACAAAACUAUAGACAAAAGGUUCAUGACUUUUUUUCUUUUGCAUCAGGUUCGCUGUCUGUGACCGAUCAAUAAUCCUUCAUUAAAUUUCACCUACAUUAGGUGAAUCUGUGGUUGCCUAUCUGCUUUUCAGAAGUAUAGGUUGAUGUUGCUGUUUGAAUCUUUUGUGUUCCUUUAGGUAAUAAGUCAAUAUCCCUGAUAAUCCAUAGCCCCUGUAUCUUUUGGCAUUUUGUGUAUAGUGGCCAUUAUUGAUUUGAUUAAAAAGAUCUCCGAUGAUUGCUGUAUUCUACCUGACUGAAUUACAACUUUUUAUAUUAACAAUGCCUCUAUCUGCCUUUUGAAGCGUGCAGUUCUUGCUUCUCUUUUUAAAGAUCAGUGUUAUCUCACAGGAGUUUCUGACUCUGUCACUCAACACAUGACCUUCUGACCUCUGAAAUCCACCCCUCACCAAUGGCAGCUGACAGAGAUAAGGCACAAAGGAGAGAAAUCAUACAGCCUGUCUCACUGACUAUAAAAGAGCCAAGAAACACCACUCAUCUCUUCUAGUGGCACAGAAAAGAGAGGGUACUAGGCCAGGUACUCAGUAUUAUUAUAUUGCUCAAAUGGCCCAGAGCAGUUCAAAAGGCAGUUUAAGUGGCCUUCUGAGGCCAGCUGGCCCUCUCUAAGCACAGGAGUUAAAAGUCUGGAUUUAAGAGAGUUGCUAUCCUUAUGCCAUUUUUCCUGUAACCUGCAAGGAGGGGGAAAAAUCCCCUGAAGGCAGUGGUAUUUAUUAGCUUUACACCUUUGAUUCUUGAUUACUGGAAUGGCCUUCAGGCUGCAUAUAGCCAGAUGCACCCAAGGGUGCAUCUAAAGUAGUAAGUUAUCAAAGGGCAGAUUAAGUGGCUCUUCAGCACAUCAGCUACACUGAAAUAAGAGUCCUUGUGUAUGCUUUUUACUCUGUAGUAAAUGCAGUGCAACUUGUCCAUCAAUGAAAGGGGGCUGCUUUACUUUGCAUUAGCUUCUGGCCUUAUUUUCUGAGAUCCAGUCUCUCUCUGCUUAACUUUUAAAGUUGAUUUUCUUAUUGGUCUAGUUUUGCCCUGUUUUUUUGUAUUAUCUCUUAAAUUUGGUUUGGCCUCCCUGACUCAGUACUGCCUCUGACUAAAUGAUAAAAAUCUAAAUGGCUACUACCCAUCUGCCUACUCAAAAAGAUUCCAUUCCUCUUGUUUAAAGUAUGCAACUCAUAAUCCAUACCUUUCACCCUUUGAGAACUACACAGCUCAGUUUCUCCUGCUUCAUGCUCCCUUCUGCCACCAAGGGAACCGACGCUUCUACCCCGUCACUGAUGCCAUGUUUAAGCUGGGUCAGCAGCAGGGGUAAAAGGUACUAGGCAGCAUCCCUAACUGCACUUUUUGGGAGUGGAAGAAGAUUGUUUUUGGAAAGAAGAGUGUGUGCAGCAAGGAGGACAGGACAGAACAUUCUUCAGAAAACAUGUGAACUGCCUUGUCUAUUCCAGCACCUGGAAAGCAUCACCUAGCACCCUCACGGCCUGAUGUGAAAACAGUCAGUUUACAUGUCAAAUAUGUGUGGAAACAGGACAAUUCUAACAAUACAUAUAUGAUUACUAGCAAUCCGAACAGUUGCUUGGGAAAAACAAAUCUUCACAGCCAUGCUUAACAAGCACAAAAAUUGCAUUUCAAGGGACAGAGCAUGGCCAGCAGUUAAUGCAAAACAAUCUUGACCUCUGCAAUUCGCUUCAAGGAAAAAUCUUCUUUGCACCUGUUUCCCCACCCCCACCCCCACCCCAGCCUGGCUGCAGUGAUAUUUAACAGGGAUUUUACUAGCCUAGCUGAAUAGGCACUACAGAACUGCAAAGUUUCUAAUAUAUACUGGAACUUAUUUUAAGAAAAAGGACUCCAAGCAGGAAUGCCAGCCUUUAGGACACAAAUGAGCUAGGCUGUCAAGUGUCCAGCUGUGAGAAUGCUUAGCCUCUUGCAUGGACAGCAGAGCAUGCUGCAGACUCACAGCACAGUAUCUAGCUCUGCAGUACUAUGCAUCUACAAUUCUGACUGCAUGAUAGGUUUGCCCUCAGUUACAAGUGUGCAACUUAAAUCCCAUGCAAUGGGAAUUGUAUAUACGUAGAUAAGGACAUAAAGGCCAGAUUCUUACAGGCCAAAGCUGACAGCAACACCAUAAUAAAGUUGUUUAACAUAAUAUAAAGGAUGCAGCUGACUGCUGGAAGUUUAAUAAUAUAAAUGCAAAUAUAGCGGGGCAAUCUUCUGUACUUGCUUUUUAGUAAAUUGGUUCCAUUCUCUACAUGAGUGCUCUUCUCAUACUCCUGAACUGUGAUUUUUUUUGUGUGCGUACUCUUUCAAAAGAUCCAUUUCUGUCAAUUAAAAAGCUAUGUAAGAACUUUAGUAAGUUUCAUUUAAAAACUGAAUAAAUGAGCACAAUUACUUUCCCUCCCA